CGUAUUGUAUCAUACUUUCAAUGCUAUUUGAUAGUGGAGUUGAGGUCACCCUAACAUCACGGUUAGUUCUUAUCAUUACCCGGUAUUGUUGCAGCAUGUUUAUUUAAAGUAACCUUAGUCGGAAUUCCCUAUCUGCAAAACAGCUGUCCCGAUAGGAAUGCCAGCUGCUUAUGAUUCAGUUCAAUCGUAGACCCCAUCUUGAGUGGACGUAAAAUCGCACAACGCGCAAUGUUGCAGUUCGUGAGAUCGCAAAUAUUAACGUUGAUAAUAGCCAUCGGUGCUGCUCAUGGCAUGUUGGUUGUGGGUCCUAAAUUCAUUCGGCCCAAUCAAGACUACUCGGUUGCGUUCAGCAAUGUUAACACCAACCAGGGCAAGGUAGACCUGAUGUUACGGAUCGAAGGCGUUGCAGAGGACGGUAUGAACGUUCUUAAUAUAUCGAAGAAUUUUGACGUGCGGCAAAGCAUGAACCGGUUAGUUACAUUCAAGAUGCCAGAGAACUUAUCCGAUGCAAACUACAAAAUUACCAUUGACGGACUGCGUGGCUUCAGCUUUCACCAGGAAGCGGAAUUGGUGUAUUUAGGGAACUCCGAAUCUGGUUUAAUACAGAUCAAUAAGCCCGUGUUCAAACCAGGCGAUACGGUUCAAUUUCGUGUAAUAGUGCUAGACACUGAGCUGAAACCUUCUACACGGAUCGAAACAGUUCAAGUGACGAUCCGCGAUCCUCAAAACAAUGUGGUUCGGCAGUGGUCCUCGGCAAGAUUGUACGCCGGAGUGUUUGAGAAUAACCUUCAAAUCGCCCCAACUCCAAUGCUCGGUAUAUGGAACAUCUCGGUAUUGGUCGACGGAGAAGUACUCGUGUCCAAGACAUUCGAGGUGAAGGAGUAUGUGUUGUCCUCGUUUGACGUAGAGGUGGUACCAACCGUUAUUCCUCUGGAGGAGCACCAAAGCUUGAGUCUGACGAUAGCAGCCAACUAUCACUUUGGAAAACCAGUGAAAGGGCAUGUCAAGGUGGAGCUGUAUUUGGAGGACGAUAAGCGAGAUCAGGUGAAAGAGUUCGAAAUGUCCGGGAUAGGACAGGUGACUCUCCGUUUCAAUGAAGAACUGGAACUGUUCAACGAUCAACAAGAUGUACUUGUAAAGACGACCUUCAUCGAGCAGGACACAAAUCGGACUGUGGUGAAAGAAACUCAAGUCACUGUGUACAAAUAUCCGUACCGAAUGGAAUUGUUAAAAGAUAUUCCUUACUUUCAACCGGGACUUCCCUUCAAGUGUGCGCUUCAGUUCCGUUAUCACGAUGGAACCCCUGCUAAAGGUAUCACCGGUAAGGUGGAAGUGAUGGAGAUCGGAUACGAAACAACUGCCACAAGUGAUGAUGAAGGUUUGAUCAAAUUGGAGCUGAAUCCAAUCGACAGUAUCGACGGAAUGGACAUAAGCUUUUCUAACGAUGUACAUGAUGUUUUCUUUAACGAACAAGUGAGCAAGGCGAGAUUCGACACAAAUGCGUUCAUCAAACUAGAACUAAAAUCUCCUAUACAUUUGCAUAGUAUGUUGCAAUUUCUGGUUACAUGUAGCAAUCGUGUUGAAUUCUUCGUGUACUACAUUGUGUCGAAGGGCAACAUCAUUGAUUCCGGUUUCUUGAGGAUGCAAAAUCCGAACAAAUACGUCUUACAAUUGAACGCCACGGAGAUGAUGCUGCCGAAGGCGAAAGUUAUCGUAGCGACUGUAGUGAACCGCAUAUUGGUGUACGACUUUUUGGACAUGGAUUUCGUAGGGUUACGUAACAGUUUCGAGUUGAGCAUAGAUAAGCAGCAUGUUAAGCCGGGACAGCAAAUCGAACUCCGAAUGUCUGGACGACCGGGAGCGUACGUGGGAUUGGCUGCAUACGACAAAAGUUUGCUGUACUACAACGCGAACCAUGAUAUAUUCUGGGAGGACGUCAUGCAGUUGUUUGAAGGAUUUCAUGCGAUCGAAGAGAAUGAGUUUGACAAGUUUCAUAGCACAGGACUUUUCGCGAAGACGUUGGGUGACAUCAAGUUUAAUGAAGUCCACGAUAUUUCGGCACGAACAGGAUUGUAUACAUACAAUUCCAUAGCCAAAUUAGCCUCGUACCGGACAAACUUUCCAGAAUCGUGGUUAUGGAAGAAUGUGACCAUUGGAGGGUCUGGAACGAACACGAUGAUCGAGGCAGUACCGGAUACAAUCACAUCUUGGUACUUGACGGGAUUCUCGAUUGAUCCGGAGUAUGGUUUGGGCAUCAUCAAAAAGCCCAUUCAGUUCACAACGAUCCAACCAUUCUACAUCGUGGAGAAUCUUCCGUACUCCAUCAAACGAGGUGAAGUCGUCGAGUUGCAGUUUACACUGUUUAACAAUCUUGAAAGAGAGUACAACGCUGAUGUCACCCUGUAUAAUGUGUUCAAUCAGAUGGAAUUGAUUGGACGUCCUCUGGAAGAUGAAAGCUUCACGAAAUCCGUGAGCGUUCCUCCAAAGAUUGGUGUACCGAUCUCAUUUCUGGUGAAGGCACGAUCGCUCGGAGAGAUAACUGUACGGAUUGAAGCUACGAUCAAAUCCAUUCACGAAAGGGAAGGGCUAGAGAAAGUAAUUCGAGUUACGCCAGAAAGUUUGGUACAACGAAAGAUGGAAUCGCGGUUCUUCCACUUCGACACAUACAGCAAUGAAACCUUCCGCAUUUAUUUAAACAUCGUCAAAAAAGCUGACAUGGAUUCGAAAAAGGUUGAGUUCCGACUAAAUCCAAAUCUGUUUGAAAUAUUUACUAUUAAAAUCUUGGAUGAUCUGCUUACUGUCCCGGUUGGUAAUGGAGUGGAAAACAUGAUUAAACUUGCCCCAAACAUCGUUGUGCUCGACUACUUACAUGCUAUUUGUUCGAAGGAACAGAAUAUCAUCGAUAAAGCUACCAGUUUGUUGCGCCAAGGGUACCAAAAUCAGAUGCGUUAUCGUCAGACAGAUGGAUCAUUUGGUGUAUGGCAAGAAAAGGGUGGCAGCGUCUUCCUUACCGCUUUCGUCGCUAAAUCGAUGCAAACUGCGUCGAAAUAUAUAAGCGAGGUUGAUGUGGCUAUGGUCGAGAAAGCUUAUGAUUGGCUUGCUUCGAAGCAGCACAGCUCGGGAAGAUUCGAUGAGGUUGGUGCUGUGAUUCAUCAAGAAAUGCAAGGCGGUCUGCGAAAUGGCAUUUCACUGACAUCUUUUGUGGUAACAGCGCUUCUAGAACACGAGAAAGCUGGAGAAAAGCACACGGCAGUGAUCCAAAAGGCAAUGAAUUAUCUAAGUUCGAACUUGGAAGACAUCCAAAAUCCUUACGAUCUGUCCAUUGCGACCUACGCGUUAAUGUUGUACGGACAUGAAAAGAAGACUACAGCGUUAGAAAAACUCAUCGAUCUUUCUACUCGCAGAAAUUACGGUAACGAUAUAUAUCGUGUACAGAACUGGAACACGAACAACAGUAUAGAGACAACCGCUUACGCUUUGUUGUCAUUUGUAACGGCGCAACAUUACUAUGAAGGUAUUUCGGUAAUGCGAUGGCUGAUGAAUCAACGCUACAUUACCGGAAGCUUUGCACAUGCUCAGGACACCUUCGUGGGAUUGACGGCACUGACAAAGUUGGCGGAAAAAAUCUCUCCCUCGCGGAACAACUACACCAUACACUUGAAAUUCAGCAACGAAACCCAAAAACUCCACGUAAACUCCGAAGACAACAAAAUUGUCAACUUCGAGGACAUACCGGGGGACACAAAGUUAAUAGAGACCAACGUCGAAGGUGUCGGGACCGGAUUUUUGCAGGUGAUCUAUCAGUACAGUUUAAAUCUCGUGAACUUCGAGAACCGUUUCAACCUGGAUCUGGAGAAACAGAAAACGACCUCUGACGACGAACUUCGACUAACGGUUUGUGCUAACUUCAUUACGAAAGGGUCCAAUGAACGUUCCCACUUGGCGUUGAUCGAGGUGACCUUCCCUAGCGGGUUCGUUGUCGAUCAGAAUCCGAUCAGCGAGCAGACUUCCUUCAAUCCGAUACAGCACACCGAGAUUAGGUACGGCGGCACAUCCGUUGUUGUGUAUUACAACAGUAUGGGCAUCGAACGGAACUGCUUCACCGUGACGGCUUACAGACGGUUGAAGGUGGCUCUGAAGCGUCCAGCAUAUGUGGUCGUGUAUGAUUACUACGAUCCCAAUUUGAAUGCCAUUAAAUCGUACGAAGUUGAUAGCAAAGAUGCUUGUGACGUCUGCGAACAAGCCGAUUGUCCAAAGGAUUGUAGCAAGGAAUAACUUUGAAACAAAAAGACACAUAACAGAAGCAAAACAUAGGAUAGAACGCAAAAGGAACAGGGUGCAACAGAUAAACAUGUAAACAACACAUGAAUUUCAAAUUUUAAUGGCAAGAGAAUGGACAAAUGUGCAAAAUUUAGACGAUUGAUUCGGAGUUUCAAUUGUGUUUGAUUGAACUAAGUUGGGAAGGGGUUUUGUCUCAUUAUUUGCAUGUCUAAUUAUUGAUAGUUCAAUUUAUUUUAUUGAAAUGAAUAAGUAUGUAAAACAGACAACCGUUUAAAGACUCUGUUAGGUUUCGUGGAUUAAUUUAACGUUUCACGAAUUUGUUUUGUUUUGUUUUGCUUGUUUAUAUGUAGAAUUCUUGACAAGUAUAGUUUUAUAUAUGUAGACAACACAAAUGUAGGGCAAAUUAAUUAAAGGGUUAUAGCUACUCGAACUAAAAAUGAACUCAACAUGAACAAUUUGUAAUUAACAAUUAGGACGAUAGAAUAAACGGUAGCAAAGGGAAA